AAUGAAGACUAGAAAGACAAAGGAACAGAUUCUUCAAGGUUUGCUACAGGGAGACCCAAUUUUUUCGAGGAAGGCAAAAUGUGAGGAUGCUGAUAUAGGAUGGGGAUUAUUUACAGAUGUUUGUUUCAACAUUGGGGAGUAUAUUUGUGAAUAUAAGGGAGAAGUGAUUGACCACGAAGAAGCCAAUAGAAGAGGUCACACUGCCUACCAGUUCUCUUUUGAACAUCACGGACAGAUGCUAUGCAUUGAUGCAUAUCAUCAGUCAACUGCUGGCAUUGCCAGGUAUGCCAAUGACGAGUGGCAGAAACCGAAUUCGCGUGUGGUAAAAGAGGUUGUGAAUGGUGAACCACAUCUGUUCCUGAAGUGUAUUAGGCCAAUUACUGUGGGGAUGGAAAUAAGAUAUAACUACAACAACAAAGAUGCUUUUUGGAGAACUUCGAAAAAGGUGACGGUGAUGCCAUUCUUCCAGGUGACAGUGAUGUCAUUCCUCCACUUACUGGUAAAAGGAAACAAACAUCUGUAA